CCUCGAAGGAGCAUGCGUACUCAUACUGACGGUCUUUGUAUACCUCCGACCAUACAAAGAAGGGAAAGAAGGAGAAACUAGUUACGACUGGAUCAAUAUUUCAGAUGCAGUUCUUCUUUCUAACCUGACAGUCAUAGCCAUAUUCAGUUCAGUUAUCGAGGAAAGUGCAUCCAAAUCGGUCAGAAAAGGAGUGGGUGUGUUCAUCAAUGUUCUGGCAUACGUACCAUUUGUCUUCUUGCUUUACGUUUCGUAUAAAGCCAUCAAAGGUUACCGCGAAAGGAGAAGACAUAUGGGAAAGAAAUUUAUCCCAUCUGCCUUUCAGAAUGUUUUUACGUGUAACCGAAGCACUGGUUCGCAGGAUGGAGAAGGAACUCAUGAAGAACCAAGCGGAGGGACAGAACUUGCUUGAUAACGAGCGAUUAUAACCAGGCUAUUGAUAUCCUUUGGUCAGUGGGAAGAUGUCGCAUUUGUGUCUCAAGAUUUUAAUUUUAGUAAAGUAGUUAGCAAAUAAGAAAGAAGGGACUUGGCAGAUUAAAGAUUAUCUUACUAGUUUUUUCUUCACUAAAAAAUGGAACUAUUCCGGUCUUACUCGUUAACCGCUAGUUUAGUUUUAUAGUUCAAGGCAUUUCAAGGAUUUUGUGGGAAGCAUGGGUGGCUUAGCGGUGUGAGCGCUCGCCUCUCACCAAUGCGACCCGGGUUCGAGUCCCUGCGAGCUCGGUGUUGUAUGUGUAUGUGUAUGUUGUAUGUGAGUUGAGUUGUUGGUUCUCUCCAGUGCUUUGAGGGUUUCCUCCCUCCAUUCUAUUCGAUCUUGGGCUUUCACCUAGGAUGGAUCUGAGGAUUCCGUUCGUGAUUGUCCCACUCUGUGAUUACAGAGAAAACUGAUAGUUUUCAUUCGAUGCAAAACAAAGCGCAAAAAGACAUAUAUACAGUGCACUAGUCAAUUAGAACUCCCUACCCCUAUCCCUCAAAUAGAAAAAGGGGAGUUGUGUACACAUAUAUAUUGACCCCCUUAGCUUGAGCAAAAUAUAUUCCCAUUUCUGACCACGUUUCAUUCCCUAGACUAUCAUUUCAUCGUUUAACGUUGCGCGUAUGAGAAGACACGUGACUAUGGAUACAACUUCACAAAAAAAAUCCCAGCUAUAUUUUCAAGGGAAUGACACGUGAUGUGAAAUGGGAAGACAUUUAUGCCUGAGCCCAUGCAUGAUUACUCAUUCAUUAUGAAAUUUCAACAACAACACGUGCUUUCCGCGCGCAAGACGAGCGUUUUGGACUGCAAAUACCUGACAAAUAUAUGGGUCUUGUCAAAAAACAUGUUGUUUGAUAACUUUAACAAUCUAGUACAUUAAAAAUGCGUAAUACGGCUUGGUCAUCAGUUAGUAGUCCUGUGCUGAUAAAUAUUUGCCUUAGUACAUAACUUUUCAUAUCAUAUAACUUCUAUAUAAAAGCGUUUGAAGGAGUAGUGUUUAACGUUUAGUUAUCAGGAAAUUAUGAAUAAUAUCUGUGCUAGCAACUGAAGAAAGGAAAACUGAGUAACAUGGACGAUAGAAUAUCGUAGGUUCCAAAGAUGGACGCUAAGCAAUCUAUUAUUAUCUUUGUCAAUAUUGUAGAUUUAUAGCUCUAUAACAAAUAAAUAAGAGUAAUCCGU